CAACGUUGAUAGGCUGCCAUAUUGCAUUUUACAGGUAAAUAACAGGGCCAUAGCCGCUAUGGCAUCUGGACUUGAACUUCACGAGGCAGCUGCUAUAGGUGACUGUGACUCACUCGAGGAGUACUUAAUGGUGGGAAAAUACGAUGUCAAUCUAAAAGAUGUUGAGUGGGGAAACAGAACGCCCUUACACUGGGCCUGUACUAAAGGAUACGUUGAGGUAAUCCGUUUACUUCUGAACAAUGGUGCUGUUGGAAACCCUCGUAUGGACAACGGCUGGACCCCCGCCCAUUGCGCCGCGGAGUGUGGUCGUAUCCAUGUGUUAAGAGCCCUACACAACGCUAACAUAUGUGUUUACAAGAGAGAUGUGUAUGGUGAUACACCACGGGAUAUUGCGGAACGUUAUGGACAAGUAGAGUGCCAGAAGUUUUUAAUCAUUGCUGAAGAAGAACAGAGAGAUAAACGAAGGAAUGCUGGCAAGCCUGAAGAAUCGGAUGAUGAAGACGAUAGGCCAGAUUCAUCAAAGCCCAGAGAAAAGAGAUAUUUGACAUCCGAAUCAACGAAAAAUAGACUAUCUGAAUCAUUAAAAAUAAAGACGUUACCCGAUGUUGCAUUGCAAGUUACUUCGGACUUGAGAAUCAAAAAUAAAGACUCAAAUAAAGCUGGUACUAAAAGUCAGAAAAACAAAUCAAAGAAGGGGAAAGGCUAGCACCAGCUGGAAUCUAAAGAAAUCUCGUCAUCCUAUCAAAGCAGUAAUAGUACAAACAUUGAUAUUU